AUGCAGCAGGACAGCGCUUUCUUUAAAUUUGAGAAGAACUCCAGUACGUAUUUGAACAACACCUUUAAAAGUUUUAAAAAUAAUUUCAAUAAAAGAAUGAUAUAUCUCUCGAACAAAAAAUUUAUAACUAGAAAAACAAAAAUAAAUAAAACUGCAAAGUUCAACUAUAAAUCUACUCGAUUCAAGAAUUUUAUGAGACCAAAGAGUUGUAGUACACUACCAAGUGCACAUUUCCACAACAAACGAUUACCUUUGAAACAAUCCAAAAUACACCCGUGGAAAUUUAAAAAGAAAAUGAAAUGGAGCGCGCAGUUCACAUAUCGUUACAAUUCACACACGCCCCACGCCAACAGAAUACUUUCUAGGAUCACACAUAAAAUCGGAAAAAAUAUCUCAAAAUCGUUUGCAACACGUUUGCAAUACAUUGCAACACGUAUCUAUCGGCCUUUUCGAAGAAAAAUUAAAUCAAAUAAUGAUAAUGUUAUAAAAUUUAGGAUCGAAAAGAUAACGAAAUUUCAAAAUGUUGAAAAAAUUACCCAUGAUGAGGAGUUUUACAUCAGGUUUAAACGUCAUGAGAAACCAAAUCGAUUGCAUGAAUUAAUCAACAUUCGCAAGAAGCGAGAGGAAAUGGACGACGAUGAAGAUGAAAAAAAGAGCACAAGACCCAGACGAAAAACAUCACGAAGAAGGUCGCGAAUGCCAUCAACUACGCCGCAACCGCCUAACUCUGCCUUGUCUUUUAUCUUCCUGGUGGCUAUCGGCAGUCUCGUCGGCUAUCUCGUUUGGAAGUUUUGCUACAAAAAGAAGAAAAGAGAACCAGCGACUGAAGAACCGAAACAAAAUGAAGAAAUGGAGAAGGACGGAGAGAAGAAGGAUGGAGUGGAUGAAAAAAAAGACAAUGAAGAAGGAGAUGAAACGAAUGAUGAGGAAAAAAAGGAAAAAAUUGAAAGUGCGGAAGAAGAUGGUGAAGGAGAAGCAGAGCAGGAAAAAAAUGAAGAAGAGAAAGGAGAUGAAAAGCAAGCGGCUAAAGUGGCAAGAAAGAAAGCUGGAAAGAAAAAAGGAAGAAGAGGAAGGGAAAAUGAUCACAAAAAAGGAAAAAAAGACAAGGCAGAAAAAAAUAAAGCAAAGGUUGGUAAUGACAAGGCAGAAAAUAGUAAAGCAAAGAUUUUUAUUCUAUUAUUUUACUUAUUGCAUCCGAAAAAUGAUAAAUAUUUUUCUAACAACACCUCCAACGAAACAAAUCAUUUCGUCAAUCAUUUUGAAAUACAUUCUAACAGUAGUUUCGUUAAGGAACAAAUAAAUAAGAGUAACAUUCUUCCAAUCAUUUCCAAUUCAACGAAUGCGACAGAAACCGGGAAGGGGAAGAGAAUGAGAGAUGAAAGAUCGGAUGCUUCACCGCUGAAAACAGCGAGAAAACCCAAUCACAGUCUGCAAAGGCACGUCAGCCGUGUUCGCAGGCAGUAUGAAGACAACGUGGAUUUUCCGUCAAUUUUUUCCCCAAGUUUCAGGAGGAGGUGGACAGGGAGCACGACGCCAGCACCUGGCGGCCAACUUGUCCCUCUGUACAUCUUUUUAGCACUUCUCGCCUUUGGCGCUGUCAUCGCUUGCUUCUGCUGUUGCAGAAAGGGUUCUAAGAAAGAAAAAAGAAAAAAUGACAAAAAGAAAACGGAAACGGAAACUCCUCCAGCAGUUCAACAAGUUGCACCGGAGGAGAAAAAAGUUGCUGAUGGAACCGAACCUCAGACGGUGCCGGAGCUCAGCAACGAAAAACAAAAAAAUGUCAACUUUGAAAAUAAUACUACAAAUACUGAUCCUGAAAAAAAAGAUGAGACUGUGGACAAGACAGCGGAGAAAGUUGAAAAAGCUGAAGAAGAUGAUGGUUUUGAUGAUGAGGAAGAAGAAAAACAGGAUAAAGAAAAAGCUAAACCUGGAGCUAAAAAGAAGAGAAAGAAAAGUUUACCUAAAAAGAAAAACAAAUUGAAAGGCAGAGCCGGUAAAAAAACUACUCGGCCGAAGAGAAAUUUAAAAGCGAGGUUAAGAGCUAGGAGGAAGCCCGCCAAGUAG